CACUCCAUCUCAUAAAUGCUACAUGCCGAAUUCUGUGCUUAUAUGAAGCGGCCAAAUGGCCAUAUGAGAUAUGAUUUCGCCCACCCUCUUGUGUCUGCAAUCUGCAUCAUCGACCAUCGCCACUAUUUCAGUUUCUCUCUCAUUAAUAUUACUGUCAUAACUUUUCUACAAUGGAGUUAGGAAGUAUACUCCACUUCCUUCAGGACAAGACCAUUUUAGUCACUGGUGCCACUGGCUUUCUCGCCAAAGUUUUAUUGGAGAAGAUAUUGAGGGUCCAACCAAAUGUUAAGCAGCUUUACCUCCUUUUAAGAGCUGCAGAUGCCAAAUCUGCCACUCAUCGGUUGAACAAUGAGAUCAUAGGGAAGGAUUUGUUUAGAUUGCUGAAGGAAAAGUUGGGUGCAAAUUUUAAUUCCUUUGUCUCGACAAAGUUGACUCUAGUACCUGGGGACAUUUCUCGUGAAGAUUUGGGAUUGGAAGAUUCCAUUCUAAGGGAACAGAUUUACGAUCAAACUGAUGUCAUAAUUAAUUUAGCUGCAACAACCAACUUUGAUGAAAGGUAUGAUAUAUCUUUGGGCCUAAAUACUUUUGGUGUUAAGUAUGUCAUCAACUUCGCCAAAAAGUGUACCAAACUCGAGGUUCUUGUGCACGUAUCAACAGCCUAUGUAUGUGGUGAGGGAGAAAGAGAAGAACUCAUAUUAGAGAAACCCUAUCACUUGGGCGAUUCAUUGAAUGGGGUGUGUGGAUUAGACAUCUAUGAAGAAGAAAAAGUUGUACGUGACAAAUUGAGUGAGCUACGACAGUUGGGAGCCUCAGAAAGUGAAAUUAAAGAGGUUAUGAAGGACUUGGGUAUUAGCAGGGCAAAGUUGUAUGGAUGGCCAAACACAUAUGUAUUCACAAAGGCGAUGGGAGAGAUGCUUGUUGAGCAACUAAAAGGAAACUUGUCCGUUGUGAUCAUUCGUCCUACCAUUGUUACCAGUACAUUCAAAGAACCUUUCCCUGGUUGGGCUGAAGGAGUAAGAACCAUUGACAGUUUAGCUGUAGCUUAUGGCAAAGGAAAAUUAACAUGCUUCCUUGGAGAUCUCAAAGCAAUUGUUGAUGUGAUACCAGCUGACAUGGUGGUGAAUGCAAUACUUGUGGCCACGGUGGCUCAUGCAAAGCAUCCUAGUGAUGAUGUUAUAUAUCAUGUCGGUUCAUCUGUUAGAAGACCAGUAAGAUACAGCAAUCUUCAAGACUAUGGCUUAAGAUAUUUCACAGCAAAACCAUGGAUAAACAAGGAUGGAAGGCCAGUUAAGGUUGGCAAAGUUACAGUAUUGAGCGACAUGGAUAGCUUCAGAAGAUACAUGUUCAUUCGCUACCUGCUUAUGCUAAAGGGACUUGAGCUGGUCAAUACUGCAUUUUGCCAGUAUUUCCAAGGAACAUAUCUUGAUCUCAAUAGGAAGAUCCAGAUUGUGAUGCGAUUGGUGGACCUUUACAAGCCUUACUUGUUCUUCAAAUCUGCAUUUGAUGAUUUGAACACAGAGAAGUUGCGAAUGGCAGCAAGACAAGGUAGGGUGGAGACAGAUGCGUUUUACUUUGACCCCCAACUGAUUGAUUGGGAUGAUUACUUUUUGAACAUCCACCUCCCUGGCGUGGUCAAGUACAUUUUCAAGUGAUAUAAACCUUUAAUAUUGUUUUAGUGAAACUGGUGAUUUUAUUAUAUGUUCAAAUUUGUACUACAAGAGUCACAUUAUAGUUGUGUUAUUUGUUUUUCAAGGGCAGUAUAAAUGUGUUAGCUAGCUAGCUGCCAAAUAUGUUUCAAACUUCGAUCAAGCUGUGUAUCCAAUAUCAUAUAUUUUAUUUUUAAUUUACUUAUUGUUCCUGUGUUA